GGAUUCCGAGCCUCCGUGCACGGGUGGGGGGGUCUGGGCAGGGCAAGCCAGCAUCCCCCCACCUCCGCGUCGCGGCCGGGGAUGACGCGGGAGAGCGUGGUCGCCCCCAGAAGGCUGCAGGCGAUCGAGCUGACCUCCGCGUAGACUCCGGGGGUCGCUCGCUCUCAGCCUUCCCCAAGGCCGGGAGCCCGGCGCGCGCGCGCCUCCCGCACCCCCCUCCCCGCCGCCACCGCCGCCGCCGCCGCCUCUGCCGCCGCCCCCUCCUUGGAAACCAAGUUACCAACGUUUAAACCAAUCCCCGGGCGCAAGCCGGCCUCCCCCACACUCCACCCGCCGCGCCGCGCCGUCCUCUAGCCCGGCUCGUCACUCGCGCUCCCCUCGCCUCCUGCGCUUCCCCCGCGGCGGCGAUGCCAGGGCCUUCGCCGGGGCCGUGCCGGGCGCUACUCGGCCUCUGGGCUGCCCUGGGCCUGGAGAUCCUCCGCCUCGCAGCGGUCGCGCAGGAGCCCUUCUGGGCGGACCUGCAGCCCCGCGUGGCGCUCGUGGAGCGCGGGGGCUCGCUGUGGCUGAAUUGCAGCACCAACUGCCCUCGGCCGGAGCGCGGUGGCCUGGAGACCUCGCUGCGCCGCAACGGGACCCAGAGGGGCUUGCGCUGGCUGGCGCGGCAGCUGGUGGACAUCCGUGAGCCCGAGACCCAGCCUGUGUGCUUCUUCCGCUGCGCGCGGCGCACGCUGCAGGCGCGCGGGCUCAUCCGCACUUUCCAGAAACCGGAUCGCGUCGAGCUGGUGCAGCUCCCUGCCUGGCAGCCUGUGGGAGAGAACUUCACCCUGAGCUGCAGGGUCCCGGGAGCCGGACCUCGCGGGAGCCUCACACUGACCCUGCUGCGGGGCGCGCAGGAGCUCAUCCGCCGGAGCUUUACGGGGGAACCGCCCCGAGCGCGGGGCGCGGUGCUCACGGCCACGGUGCUGGCGCGCAGGGAGGACAACGGCGCUAAUUUCUCCUGCCGCGCGGAGCUGGACUUGCGGCCGCACGGCCUGGGGCUGUUUGAAAACACUUCGGCGCCCAGACAGCUCCGCACCUUCGCCCUGUCUCCAGAGCCCCCGCGUCUCCAUGGUCCCCGGCUCUUAGAAGUGGGCUCAGAAUGGCCAGUGAGCUGCACCUUGGACAAACUCUUUCCCGCCUCUGAGGCUGGGGUUUCCCUCGCGCUGGGGGACCAGAGGCUGAAUCCUGAUGUCACCCUCGAGGGGGACACCCUCACAGCCACUGCCACAGCCACCGGUAUCGCUGAGCAGGAAGGUUCCAGGCAGCUGGUCUGCAACGUGACCCUAGGGGGCGAAAGUCGGGAGGCCCAGGAAAACGUGACAGUCUACAGCUUCCCCGCACCACUGCUGACUUUGAGCGAGCCCAGCGCCCCAGAGGGGCAGAUGGUCACAGUAAAUUGCACUGCGGGGACGCAAGCUCUGGUCACCCUGGAGGGAAUUCCAGCUGCAGCACCGGGACAGCCUGCCCAGCUCCAGUUCAACGCCACUGAGAACGACGACGGACGUGGCUUCUUCUGCUCUGCCACCCUCGAGGUGGACGGGGAGACGCUUAGCAAGAACGACAGCGCCGAGCUGCGCGUGCUCUAUGCCCCCCGGCUGGACGACUCCGAUUGUCCCCGAAGCUGGACGUGGCCUGAGGGCCCGGAGCAGACGCUGCGCUGCGACGCCCGAGGGAACCCGGAGCCUUCGGUGCACUGCGCGCGGCUGGACGGCGGGGCGGUGCUGGCGCUGGGCCGGCCUGGUCCGGUGACGCGCGCGCUGGCGGGCACCUACCGCUGCACGGCGGCCAGUGCGCAGGGCGCGGCCGUCAAGGACGUGACGCUGACCGUGGAGUACGCGCCGGCGCUGGACAACGUGGGCUGCCCAGACCGCAUGACUUGGGUGGAGGGAACCGAGGCAUCGCUGAGCUGCGUGGCGCGUGGGGUCCCGGCCCCCAACGUGAGCUGCGUGCGCUCCGGCGAGGCCGACGCGGUGGAGGGGCUGCUGCGCGUGGCCCGGGAACACGCAGGCACCUACCACUGCGAGGCCACCAACGCGCGAGGCUCUGCAACCAAAGCUGUGGCCAUCACUGUGGAGUAUGGCCCCAGCUUUGAGGAGCCAGGCUGCCCCAGCAACUGGACAUGGGUGGAAGGAUCCGGGUCGCUGUUCCCCUGCGAGGUGGAUGGCAAGCCACAGCCCAGCGUGGAGUGCGCAGGCUCGGAGGACGCCAACCAGGGGGUGAUGCUGCCCCUGGUCUCCUCCAGACCCGGCCCCCGGGGACCCCCUCUCUCUAGCGACCUGCCACCCGGGGUCUACCUCUGCAAUGCCACCAACCCCCACGGCUCCUCGGUCAAAACUGUGGUCGUGAGCGCGGAGUCGCCGCCACACAUGGACGAGGCCACCUGCCCCAGUCACCAGACGUGGCUGGAAGGGGCUCAGGCUGCCGUGCUGGCCUGCUCGGCCCGGGGCCGCCCGUCCCCACGCGUGCGCUGCCUGCGUGAAGGCACGCCCCGGCUCGAGCGACCGCGCGUAUCCCGGGAAGAUGCAGGGACCUACCGCUGUGAGGCCACCAAUGCGCACGGCACGGACUUCCGGACCGUCACCGUGGGCGUGGAAUACCGGCCUGUGGUGGCCGAGCUGGCUGCCUCCCCAUCCAGCGUGAGGCCCGGCGGGAACUUCACCCUGACCUGCCGCAUUGAGGCGUGGCCUCCGGCGCAGAUCAGCUGGCGUGCGCCCCCGGGGGCUCCCAACAUCGGUCUGUCCAGCAACAACAGCACGCUGAGCGUGGCGGGCGCCGUGGGCAGCCACGGCGGCGAGUACGAGUGCGCGGCCACCAACGCGCAUGGGCGCCACGCACGGCGCAUCACGGUGCGCGUGGCCGGUCCCUGGCUGUGGGUCGCCGUGGGCGGCGCGGCGGGGGGCGCAGCGCUGCUGGCCGCGGGCGCGGGCCUGGCCGUCUACGUGCGCUCCACCGCGUGCAAGAAGGGCGAGUACAACGUGCAGGAGGCCGAGAGCUCGGGCGAGGCCGUGUGUCUCAACGGCGCGGGCGGCGGCGCCGAGGCGGGGGACCGGGCGGCCGAGUCCCCGGCCGAGGAGGGCGAGGUCUUCGCCAUCCAGCUGACGCCCGCCUGAGCUGCGCCCUCCCCGCGGGCCGGGGCGCCCCACUGCCAGAGGGGCUGAUCACUGCGCUAUUUAUUUAUUUAUUUAUUCAACUCUAGGGGCGUCGCCCCAUUUUCUACCCGGCUCCCCCAAUAAAGUUUUUAUAAAGGA